AUGUCGUCUAACAAGCGGCAUUCUAUGCUGCCCGCCGUCUCCAAUCAAGGCCCACGACCUCCCGUUAGCUUCUCGUCAUCUCUUACCGUGGCCGACAGCGCCAUUCUCGUCGGAACACACUCAAUCACGAUUCAGUCGGAAAGCGUAUUGCACCCACGAUCGAAGCUGGAGACCACGAACGGCAGCAUCCUCAUCGGUCGGAGGUGCAUCAUCCACGAGCGGGCUCAUAUCGGCAAAGUUGGUAACGACGACGCCAGCGGAGGCAUCUCGCUCGGAGACUACGUGACGGUAGAGGUUGGCGCCACCAUUGAAUCCGGAGGCACAGAUAUUGGAACAGAUACGGUAGUUGGGGUCCGAUCUCGGAUCGGACAUGGCGCCGUCAUUGGCAAGAACUGCACAAUCUCGCCUUUGACUGUCAUCAAGCCUGGCGAAAAGGUCCCGGAUUUCACAGUGGUCUACUCGAAUGGGCAGAGACGGACGGAUAGGCGAGGAGUCGCAGACUUGAGACACAAGGCGCAGGCGCGCCAGAUUGAUGUGCUUAGAAGAUUGAUACCCAAUAAGGCCGAGAAAUGGCUGAGUUAA